AUGACCGAACCCAAAGGCCGAACAGUUGGCAGCACAGAAUACAGCUGGUGCAAGGCUGUUUACGGCGGCACCGGCGUCGCCGUCAUUGCAUUACGCACUUCAAAGCCCCCAAACACUCACCUCCUCCAAACAUCCCUCCACAAACUCCAAAACAUCCACCCUAUCCUCAGGUCCACUCUUCUCCAACACUCAUCCACCUUCUCCUUCCUCACCUCUCCCUCACCUUUCCUCCAACUAACAUCACACGACCUCUCGUCAAACCAAAAUGACACAGUCUCUCCUCUCCAACAAGUCCUGGAACUCGAACUCAACAACGACACUCCAUGGCGCGACACAACUCGCGACACAAACAACAUGUUCUUCGGAAGCGUCUACGCUAUGCCGAACAACACUUGGGUCAUCGCGCUGCGGCUCCAUGUCGCAGCGUGUGACCGGACAACAGCAGUGCUUCUAUUGAGAGAGUUACUCGAGUUGAUGGAAGAGAAAGAACAAGUAGUUGCCUUAGAAAACGAUGAGAAAGUUCGUGAUGAGAUUAGUUUCGCUAUUGAGGAUCUUACUCCUCGUGAGAAAACAAAGAAAACUCUCUUGUCGCGUGGUUACGACAUGCUUGGUUAUUCCCUUACUUCUUUUAGGUUAACAAAUUUGAAAUUUAAUGAUACCAAAGCCAUGAGGUUUUCGCAAGUUGUGAGGUUGCAACUUACUGAAGAUGAAACCAAAGGAAUUCUAGCUGGUUGUGCAUGGAAUGGAAUAAAAGUGUGUGGGGUAUUGAGUGCUGCAGGGUUGAUGGCUGCUCAUUGCUCAAAACGUGGUUCAAAGAAAUAUGGAAUUGUUACUCUUAUUGAUUGCCGAUCAACUUUCCAAUCUCGUCUAACUGAUAAUUUUGGUUUUUACCACUCAGCCAUUCUCAAUUCCCACGAGAUAAAAGGAGGAGAGACUCUAUGGAACCUUGCAAAGAGAACUUACGGAGCUUUCUCAAACUCAAAGAAAACCAACAAGCAUUUCUCCGACAUGGCAGACUUAAACUUCCUGAUGUGCAAGGCCAUAGAGAAUCCAGGAUUAACCUCAUCUUCUUCGUUGCGAACCGCGAUCAUGUCGGUCUUCGAGGACACGGUUGUGGACAACAGUUGUAAGAAGCAAAAGGAGAUUGGUGUUGAGGACUAUUUGGGAUGUGCUUCUGUUCAUGGAGUGGGACCAUCUAUUGCCAUUUUUGAUACCAUAAGAGAUGGAAAUUUGGACUGUGUUUGUGUGUAUCCAGCACCAUUGCAUUCUAGAGAACAGAUGCAUGAGGUUGUUGGGAAGAUGAAGGAGAUACUUGUUGAUGCUUCUAAGGCAUUCAAGGAAUGA